AUGUGGAAGGUUACAGUCCUACACCAGUUAUUCUCUACUGCAGAUGUUCAGAAAAUCAUUCGUAUGAAGAUUCCUACAAAUUCUACAGAUAUAUUAAUCUGGACACUCACCCGCAAUGGUAAAUUCAAGGUAAAGUCUGCUUAUAGGAAAUUGGUUGAACUAAAGACCAAUACAGUUACUGCCUAUGAUGCUGAAAUGGCAUCCUUUUGGAAAAAGCUUUGGAGUUUAAAUAUGCUUCGCAGGAUCAAGACUUUCCUAUGGAAGUGUGUACAAGAUAUUAUUCCUUCAAGUGAACGCAUGACAAGAGUGAAGCAUUAUAGUGGUGAUACCUGCAGUAUGUGCCAACAACGUAUAGAGACUACCAAACAUAUUGUUUGGGAAGGCGCAUUUUCCCAGGCUGUAUGGACCUCAAUUCCAGGUGCAAGAAUAAGUAUGGAAGAUGUAAACCAUAGUGUAUCUCAGUGGAUCAGAAGCUGGUUCACAAGCAACUUCUCGAAGUUAGAUAGUUACUGGAUAGUUAAAAUGGCGAAUGCAUGCUGGGAGAUUUGGAAGGAACGUUACAGAAAUUUCUUUGAUGGAAAGAAACCCAAUCCGAUAGAAGUUAUACGCAGUAUACAAUAUCUUAACAACAUGACAGGAAGAAGCAUGAUUAAGAGAAACACUGGUUUGAUGCCUUUGAACGGGGAUGCUGCAUCUAUGAUAGUGGACAUUUAG